GCGGCCCAUCAUCUUCUUUCCCCGCACAGCCAGGCGGCCCCCGCUCGAGACCUGCGUCGCCAUGGCCGCGGUUCCCGAGUUGAUGCAGCAGGAUGAGGAGGACCACAGCAAGCUAAGAUCUGUGUCUGUGGACCUGAAUGUUGAUCCUUCACUUCAGAUUGACAUACCUGAUGCACUCAGUGAGAGAGAUAAGGUCAAGUUUACAGUACACACAAAGACCACUCUAUCUACAUUUCAAAACCCAGAGUUUUCUGUUACCAGGCAACAUGAAGACUUUGUGUGGCUACAUGACACUCUUAUUGAAACAACAGAUUAUGCUGGACUUAUUAUCCCACCUGCUCCUACAAAACCUGACUUUGAUGGUCCUCGAGAGAAGAUGCAGAAAUUGGGAGAGGGUGAAGGAUCAAUGACCAAAGAAGAAUUCGCCAAAAUGAAACAAGAACUAGAAGCUGAAUAUCUUGCUGUCUUUAAGAAGACUGUAUCCUCCCAUGAAGUCUUUCUUCAGCGACUUUCUUCUCACCCUGUUCUCAGUAAAGAUCGAAACUUUCAUGUUUUCCUGGAAUAUGAUCAGGAUCUAAGUGUUAGGCGGAAAAAUACCAAGGAAGUGUUUGGUGGUUUUUUCAAGAAUGUGGUGAAAAGUGCUGAUGAAGUCCUUUUUUCUGGAGUUAAGGAGGUGGAUAAUUUUUUUGAGCAGGAGAAGAAUUUUCUCAUUAACUACUAUAAUAAGAUCAAAGAUUCAUGCGCAAAAGCUGACAGAAUGACCAGAUCUCAUAAAAAUGUUGCAGAUGACUAUAUUCAUACUUCAGCCUCCCUACAUAGCCUGGCUUUAGAAGAGCCCACAGUCAUCAAAAAGUACCUUUUGAAGGUUGCUGAGCUGUUUGAGAAACUUAGAAAAAUAGAAAACCGAGUCUCAUCAGAUGAAGAUUUAAAGCUGACUGAACUUCUCCGAUACUACAUGCUCAACAUAGAGGCUGCAAAGGAUCUCUUAUAUAGACGUACCAAAGCCCUCAUAGACUAUGAGAACUCAAACAAAGCUUUGGAUAAGGCCCGGUUAAAAAGCAAAGAUGUCAGGUUGGCAGAGGCACAUCAGCAGGAAUGCUGCCAGAAAUUUGAACAGCUUUCUGAAUCUGCAAAAGAAGAAUUGAUCAGUUUCAAACGGAAACGAGUGGCUGCAUUUCGGAAGAAUCUAAUAGAAAUGUCUGAACUAGAAAUAAAGCAUGCCAAGAACAAUGUUUCUCUCUUACAAAGCUGUAUUGACCUGUUCAAGAACAACUGA